ACCAAAUACUAAAUGAUCACCACCACUACAUCAUUAUGCUUCUUCAAUCUCGGAUUCAUCUGAAAACCACGUUUCUUUUAUGGAGUUUCUGUCGAUUUCCACAACACCCACCAAGUGUUUUGCUUGUUGCUGUAGCAGAGAUGUUGUCAGAUUGCCGACGAGAUUGAAAAAUCGGAAAUACGUUGGGAGAAAAAGAGUGGCCAGUGUGAGAGCUUUGGUGGGCGGUGAUGGCAGAGAAACGCAGAGUCGCGGCGGAGUAGUAGGUGGUUACCGGAGCUUCGGUAUGGAGGUGACUACAUUUGAUAAGAGCUUCUCUGCAGAUGCAGAGUUUCCGGCUGGGGACAAUAUUGAUGCUGUCGUUAGACUCGCUUAUGGAAUCGGUAUAUAUGGGAUAAUGGCGUUAGCGGGGAAGUUGAUAUGCUUGGCUGUAGGAAUCGAUAGCAGCGGAGGUUGUUCAGCUUCGUUUGAUGCCAUUGUAACAGGAGUCGGAUACGCAGUUCCUCCCAUUAUGGCUCUUCUCUUUAUAUUAGAUGAUGAAGUCGUGAAGGUGUCGCCACACGCUCGUGCGAUAAGAGAUGUUGAGGAUGAGGAGUUACGAAGCUUUUUCUAUGGAAUGUCUCCAUGGCAGUUUGUCCUUAUCGUGGCUGCAGGCUCGGUUGGCGAGGAGCUCUUCUAUCGGGCUGCUAUUCAGGGAGCUUUAGCCGACGUAUUUCUAAGGGGCACCGAGUUAGUAAGUGAUGCUCGUGGAAUGGCUGCAUUGACGGGCAUGCUGCCACCAUUUGUACCGUUUGCGCAGGCGUUUGCAGCCGUGAUCACGGCUGCUCUCACUAGUUCCUUCUAUUACGUUGCUGCAUCUCCAGAAGAUCCCACUUACAUUGUGGCACCGGUUUUGAGCUCUGCUUGUGGUCGGGAUGAAAUGAAGAAGCUUUUCGCAGCCUGGUACGAAAGGAGGCAAAUGAAGAAGAUAUAUUCUCCGUUACUUGAAGGAAUUGUAGCGCUUUACCUCGGGUUCGAGUGGAACCAGACAAAUAACAUUCUUGCACCCAUCAUAACACAUGGGAUAUACUCAGCAACGAUACUAGGACAUGGUCUUUGGAAGAUCCAUGAUCACCGGAAAAAACUCCGGCAGCUCAAACUUGAAGAUAAGAACUCAAGGAGUUCCUAAAAUUAGAAGGAUGAAGGAAAUCUGUAUAUUGUAUACAUAGAAGAGGUUGGUAUUCAAAUCGUAAAGAGAAUAAGUUCAGUGUACAAUGAAUAAUAUGAUGAUCAGAAUUCAUUCA